AUGGGACAUGGGGAGGAAGGGGAAUUGGCACAAGGGGACUCCGUACGUAAUCGAUAAUCCGUAUAUAGUAGGGGCAGUUGUGGGUGGGGGAAGAGCGAGAGAGUGAGGGGACGAAGGGUGUCUUUUGUUGAAAUCGCAGCGGAUAGCGGUCGCAGAGAAGAGGAAAAUGCCGUGCUUGAACCUGUCCACAAACGUCAAGCUGGAGGGCGUUGACACCUCCGCCAUUCUGUCUGAGGCCACCUCUACUGUUGCCAAACUCGUCGGCAAGCCUGAGGCUUAUGUUAUGAUUGUGUUGAAGGGGUCUGUACCCAUGUCAUUUGGUGGAACUGAGCAGCCAACUGCCUAUGGUGAGUUGGUUUCUAUUGGGGGACUCAACCCUGAUGUGAACAAGAAGCUGAGUGCUGCAAUUUCCAACAUUCUUGAGACAAAGCUUAAUGUGCCAAAGUCGCGUUUCUUCCUGAAAUUCUGUGACACCAAGGCCCAUCAGAGUCAAGAAUAUGCACAGUGUCUGCAUGCUUUACACCAGUACUAGAGUUCCAACUUUGGAUGGAAUGGGUCUACCUUCUAGGUUCCGUAUUUGCAAAUGUUGAGCUUGUUGACCACGGGGCUCAGAAUUUGGAAAAUAUGCAUCUUCAAUGUUUGUGUAGUAGUACUUGUAUUAUGUUCCAAGCAGAUUAUGUUGAUGCUCCAGAGCAUCCAUCUUUAGAGAAGUAUGCAAUUUAAUAUACUGGAUAUUUUGAGAUCGGUUUGAACAAUCACUAGAUGCAUCUCAAUGCUGUUCAGAAAUAUGUGGCUCACUUUUAUUUCUUGAGCACAUGGCGCAGGCUGGUGAAUUAAUGCUACAUCAUGCAGAUCUGAAUGGAA